CUGUCCACCUCCUCAUCCGGUCACCCCCCCGCGGUGCGGCCCCCGUCGGCCCCUCCCCUGUGCCACUGCCCACUGCCUCGUCGACCCGUAAACCCCACGAGCGCCUCCGUCUCCCCGCCGCAGCGCUAGCCGGAGGCCGCCGCCGCCGCCACCGUUAUGCCAUGGCCGUCAUCCUCUCCUCCGCGGCGCCAACGACACUGACUCCUCCCGCCGCGCGCCCCCGCAGGCGGCCGAGGAGCGGGGGCCUCGCGGCGCGCCUCUCCGGCGCGCUCGGCCUCGCGCACGCCGGGGCCGCACUCGCCGCGCCGCUCUCCUACGAGGAGACGCUGCGCCUCUCGUCCGACUCCGGCGGUGACGGCGGCGGGUUCGCGCUCCCGGACCUCGACCUCAACGUCAACCUCAACCUCGACGGGCUCGUCGGCUUCGUCAACGAGAACCCUCUCGUCGUCGCGGCAGGCGUCGCGGCCAUCGCGCUGCCGCUUCUCCUCGCGCAGAUUCUCGGCGGCGGCGGAAGCUCCAAGCCAUACGCCGUCGUGUCCGCCAGGGCGGCCUACCAGCGGCUGCUCGAGGAGCCCGACGCGCAGCUCGUCGACAUCAGGCCGCUCAAGGAUGCACGGGAGGACGGUACGCCUGAUCUCAAGGAGGCCAAGAAGAAGGUGGCUGCCGUGCCGUACAACGGGGAGGACAAGAACGGAUUCUUGAAGAAGCUGACACUGAGGUUCAAGGACCCGGAGAACACCACGCUGGUCAUCCUUGACAAAUUUGAUGGGAACUCCGGACUAGUUGCUGAGCUUGUCACAGCCAAUGGUUACAAAGCUGCUUUUGCGGUGAAGGAUGGUGCAGAAGGAAGCCGAGGAUGGAAGAGCAGUAACCUUCCCUGGAAGGCUCCUGCAAAAGGAUUCAGUUUUGAUUUGGGCGAGCUGUUUGGGGAUGGUUCAGAUGGAUUGCCUGUGACAAUUGGUCUUGCUGCAGCUACUGGUUUGGGAGUACUUGCCUACACAGAGAUUGAGACUUUGCUACAGUUUUUGGGGUCAGCUGCUGUUGUUCAGCUAGUGGUAACCAAGCUCUUGUAUGCUGAGGAUCGACAGAAGACACUUAAACAGAUCGAUGAGUUCUUUAACAAGAAGGUUGCUCCAAAGGAGCUUGUUGACGAAAUAAAGGAAAUUGGGCAGGCUCUACUACCUUUACCUAGUGAUGCUAAAAGCCAACCAGGACCAGCAACAGCGACUCCAGUUGCUGCCACAGCAACAGAAGCUGCUCCUGCUGCUGCCACACCAACACCUCUUUCACCUUAUACAAAUUACCCAGAUCUCAAGCCGCCGUCACCCCCUGGCAGCACCACGACUGAAGGCCCAGCAGCGGUCAAUUCUGCACCUGUAGCAGAUGCUAGCACGGAAUCAUCUCCUCCUCGUCCUACCCCCAGACCUCAGUCACCUUACCCUAAUUAUCCAGAUUUCAAGCCACCGUCCUCGCCUUCGCCGUCACCACCUUAAUUAGGCAAGAGUACAAGAAACCGGGUCUAGAGGAUAUUAAAGAAGUUGAGUUGUUCAUAUGGAGCCGGCAUCUCACCAAAGGUGUAUGUUGUACUAUGAGCCUGACAGUGUGUCUAUUAGUCACUGUGGCAAGUUUUCUGCAGCAGUAAAUGUAUAUGAUGUAAUUUCCAUUGGUCAUCGAUGUGCUCUGAUUUUCUUUUUGUUGUCUUAUUUUUGAUACAUGUAAAUGUUGAAUUACUAGUUGUGAGAAAUGAGAGUUCGAGCCUAUAGAGCUUGAUAUGUUUGACCAAAGUAAAUGUGUUUUCAAAAAACAUAAAAGUCAAGUGCUUACUUGUUAUA